AUGGGUUCGACUAGCAUAUUGGGGAGCAAGAACACCUUCUAUCUGGUGAACCCCAUAUUGGAUAACAAUGAAGGGACUCAUGACGGUAAUAAUAAUGAUGGUAAUGAUGAUGAUGGUAAUAAUGAAGAGACUCAUGAUGAUGGUAAUAAUACGAAUAAUAAUGAAGGAAUCCCCCAUGAUGAGCAGUCCAAAUUUAUCAGUGAUCAACGCGUGGUUGUUGAACACAAGACGAUAGAAGCAAUAAUUGAUAAAAGAAUUGAACUCCUCAUACAAUCGUUCAAUCUUAGGAGCCACUUCGGUUUGAAUCCAACCAAUGUUAUAGAGAAUGCAAAUCAAAAGGAAGUCAUUGAAAUCAAGGAGAAAAAAGACCUCUCCAAGGGUCGAAAAAGAAAGAAACCAACCAACUUUUCACCUGAGGAUGUAAAAAGGGAGAAAAAGUCACAUAUGAUUGCUGGUGAUCCGUCGGAUAUGACAAGAGACAUAGAAAAUUCAAUACGAGCCAUGGGAAGUGAAGAGAUCGAAGACAACUCUCCAACAGAGCAAGUCUCUUAA